CGCGAGGCCCACCAAACGAGCGAUCCGAUCUCGAUUCCUCGACCUCGGCUGUAGCCUGUAGGCUCCUCAUAGUCAUGUAACCUGCCGCCUGGCCCCUACAUUCAACGGUCAUCUCCGCUCCGCUCCGCUCCUCCGCUCCACGCCGCCACCGCUCCUCCGCUCCUCGCGGCUCAAACGGUCAAAUCGCAGAUCCACAGGAAACCCCAAGCGGCGGCCGUCCCUGCUGCGGCUCUGCCUCCCUCUGCUCUCCGAUUCGAGCGGAUUCCAUGGCCAGAGAUGACGACGGCGCGCCCGCGCCCGGCGUUCCGGGCCAGGUGUACCUGCCCGCGUGGCGCCGCGCGUACGACCGACUCGUGAAGAUGCUGCGCCAGGCGUACGCGCAGGCCGAGGAGCUCUCCGUCGAGCGCGAGCAUCUCAUCUCCGAGCUCCAGUUCCUGCAGAGCGCCAGCCGCGAGCGCCAGGAGAUCUCCCAGGUCCGCCUCCAGCAGAUCUGCAAGGACAAGGAGCUCAGCAAGAGAGUCCUUGAGGCUGAGACGGCGGCGCGUCUUGGCGGCAAGGAGCUUCAGAUUCACUGCCAUCAGAAACUCGCAGAACUUGCCGAGAGUGAUUUGGAGAACUUCAAAAGUUGUAUUUCGAAUUUGGCUGCUGAAAAUACUGAGCUAAAGGAAAAACUGAAGAUGGUUGAAAGUCAGGUGCAGAUUAGCACCGACAAUUCAGAUCACGAGAAAAGUGGGAAAUAUACUAAGGAAGAGUUACAGAAAUUAAAGAAAGCUUACAAGACAAUGAGAUCAGAAAAGGACAAGGAAAUUUCAGCAUUACAAGCAGAAAAGAAUUUUGUUUGGAACCAGCUCAAAAAUAUGGAAAAAGAUUACACUGGAACUAUUAAGAGCAAGCACAUAGAGGUAAAGCAGGCUACCGAAGCGGCACAAAAGCUUCUACAGAAUGUAGAUGAGCUGCAAGCGGCAGCCCAAAAGAAGGAUGGUGAAAUUGAUAAAUUACAAAUAGAGGUGUCAAAUGCCAAACAGAGGAUCUCAAUUCUUGAGGAUGAGCUGCAAAACUUGCGCUCCUUGGUUAAGGAUAAAGAUCAUAAAACUGGUAAAAAUGAAGAUGGUGAACCGGAGACUCGGAGGAUGUUGAAGAAGGAUGCUAAUAAGGCAAACAGAAAAUCUAAGUCUGAAUGGCUACCUUUAGAGGAUAUAUCAAGAACUUCCCAGGUCACACCUGAUAGGCGAGAAGUGAAGACUACAAGAGCACUUGCGUCUGAGACUAAUCAGAAGCGCAAGCGUAGCUCCUUCAAGUCCUCCAUGUCGUGUGCUUCAUGAAUUAUGUCUUUCUAUAAAUAUGGACAAAGAAUAAGGUUGAUGUAAUUUAGUUGAUUAUUAAAUGAUUUGGAAGUGCUCAAAAUGCGACUACAUUCACUAGCAAGAGAUUAGUAAGAACCUAGCAGGAUACAUUCCUUCAUUCUUCAUUACUUAUUGCUGAUACAGCCAUAUAUUUACAGAAACAUAGUGUGAUGGAUAACAAUGUUAUACUUUAUAUGGUUUGUACAAUGUCCUAAUUCUUGGUAGGCCGCAUGAGUUGCGUCCUGCUGUAAAUAUGGACAAACAAUGAAGUUGAUGAAAUUUAGGUGAGUGCUAUGUGAGUCAUAGGUGCUCAUAAAGGAUCAUCACACAUUUAGGGUCGCUAUAAGCAUGGUGCAUGGAUACAAUAGAAUUUGUUAGUUGUGUUUCAUCAUCUAUACUAAUUAGUUUGUUAGCGAUCUUGUUCGGGUGCAUAGCCAAUGCUCUAAGAGCAUCUCCAAUAGAUUAGUUAAAUGGCUCAGCAAGCCAAAUUUUAGCUAUUCAACAGCAAAAUAACUUUCAAACAGACUAGCCAUCCAACUCGCCAAGCUAUCCGGCUCUUCAAAUUGGCUCCAUCUCUAGCCAAAUUUGGCUAGCCGCUGACUAGCCAAACUAAAUAGAUAAUCUGUUGGAACGAGAUGCUAUAUAUAGAAUGUAAUCUAUAUGGAGAGGUAAUUAGAGUGUCAUAUAGAGAGUCGAAAAUAGAGUGUCUCUUGGAGAUGCUCUAAUAUUUUUUUUGUCCACAUAUUUUAAUACCUAAUCCAUGGUGCUCCGUGCUCUGCAUGAAUUUUAUUCAAUCUAAAUGUUCACAGAUAACAAACUGAUGGAAAUUAUGUGUAUUGUUCUCUUGGUUUUGAUCGUUAAUGCAAUGUCCUAAUUUUGGUGGUCCGCAUUGUAGAUAACUCCUGCACAUCAAUUUCAGUUAGCCGUAGACUUUCCAAUUCAGAGUCUAGCUUACUGUGAGAUCUGUCUGUUUUCAAUUCAGUUUCGUCAGGUAGAGCUAGAGUAGUGGCCAAGUCUAUUAUGUUGGGGCUUUGCCCUGUUCUUUAGGAGAGUGGAGUUAGUGGAGUCAGUUACUCUCCAACGUGCCUGCUAGUUCGACAGCACCAAAAUAACAGUCUGUGUGUUCCAGAGUUCAUGAAAACCGGAGAGAGUUUUGUGUGCUAACACGCAUAAGUUGCAGACUGCUGUAUAUAUGGACAAACAACAAAUGUGAUGGAAUUUUGGUGAGCAUUAUGUGAGUCGUAGAUGCUACAAUGAGCAAGUACACUAGAAGUAAGGAUAUGGUAGAACAUCAGGGUUGGGUUUCACCACCUGCAAGUGAGCAAAUGGCUGUUUGGUAGAUUAUAUGCAUGGAAAAGAUUACAAUAACAGAAAGCAGAUCUACUGGUACUAUUUCCUUGAAUAUGUUGUCACCACGUGCAGGGUAACCAGAGAUGUUACACAAGGCUUCUGCAAGUUAAAGCUGCUGUGUCACCUGUGCUCCUCCCGCCAAGUUUCACUGUUCCAAGGCUAAAAACCCCACCUCCUCCCCAAUCGGAUGAAAUCACUAGCAGCUGUAGUCUGAUGUGCUGACAAUUGAAAUUGUCCCAACACGCCCUACUCUGACAUGACAGGUAGGUGAGGCUAAGUCUAUCAGUUGGUGCUGCAGAGCAGCAUUGUAUAGUUGAUUAACUGUGUCUGUAGCAUAUUUAUUCUCUCAUCUCUGUGUUGGAGUGCUUGCAACAUAUUGGGUGCUGUGAAACGGAUACGGAAGGUGUCCAUGUGUGUUGUUUAAGGAACAUAUGACUUGCUGGUAGAACAUAACAACAGCGUACUUUUGUGA